GUUUUCAUUAUUGUGGGUCUUGUUGGUUCACUAUCGCGUCAAAUUCUCUUAGAUACCGCAGCAUGCUCAUCUCAAAGACUAUUUUUCUCUGAUAAAACAAGCCCGAAUGCUAACAAUGCGUAGAAUUUAAGGACAAAAGCUUUGUUUUGGCUGUGCCGUGAGGUGAGAAGCCAGAACGAUUUUCAUCUUUACAGACCUUUAGCAGUAUGGGAUUUGGUCGUCAGCUACGGCUUUUGCUAUGGAAGAACUUUACUCUCAAAAAGAGAGCACCGUUAGCUGUCGUGUUUGAGGUUCUUAUUCCACUGGUACUUUUUUUCAUUCUAAUGGGUAUAAGAUUGCGUAGAGAGCCGCGACCAAGGCACGAAGAAAUUUUCCCAGUACGAGCUUUACCAUCUUCAGGGAUUAUCCCACUGUUGCAGCAGUUCUGUCCGAAUAAAAUCACUGACGAACAUGGAUUCCCAAUUCAUGUGAAUUCAAGUAUUGGUGCCAUAUUAGCUGAUAUAUCAGACAUAAUGCUGUCUCCAUCGCUGUCUGUUAUUGAUAACAUCAAGACUGUACCGCAGGACUAUGAAGACCUGAAAGAUGAAUAUCACUACCUUGAUGGCAAAUCUACACRUAUCCAAAAUUUCACACUACAAGAUAUCAUUAUUGAUCCCACAAAGCUCAAAGACAUGUUAUCCAACUUUUCUAUAUCGCACACAAUAACCAAUGAGCUGAUGAACAGUACCAUCAAUAGAAAAGAGAUCCAGCACCUUUUGUUACCUGGUACUCCUUCAGGUAUUCCAGGCAACCUGCCAUUUAAGCACCAUUACUGGAGACAUAUAUCAAGUGACACAGGCAUCUUAUCGGCRCUAACUAUAAUGGCAGGAAUGCAGAGAUUGUUCAACUCUUCUCUAUACACAUCUCCAUUGACAAAGACCACAGAGUCCAGUAAUACACAGAAGACACAAAAUAAUUUUACACAACAGACAUGUACAGUAGAUGAUUUAAGAAAAGUAAUUUUUGUACCACUAGCUAGUAAUAAGAAAAAUGCCAAGAAUUUACCAUGUGCAAUAACCCCAACCAAAGCUCAAGAACUAAGAAAAAUAAUUAUUUCACAAAUUGAUACGAAUAGACUUUUAGCCAAGCUGAACUUGACAGAAUCUGAGAUGGAAAAAUUCAACACAACACUAAACCACCUUAGAAGGGAUAUCCAAAACAUAUCAUCGUUUGUUGAAUUGGUUCAAAAAGGUUACCGUUUAGCCUCAUUGCUACAGCUCAACAUGUCAUUUGCAGAAGGCUUACAAAAUAAAUCAGCUCAUCAGCAAAGGACAGCUUAUAUCAGGGGGAUGUGGAGCAACCUGGGACCAAUACUUUGUGGCCCAUCACCAGAGCGACAUACAGACAGRGUAGUGAAACACAUGUUUGAUUUUCACUGUAUAACAAGGUCUUGUCAAACAAGGGCCCUGAGACUGAUGUUUUACUUAUUGACRCACAAUCCCAAGAUCCUCUAUGCUCCUAACAAUACGGCAGCAGAUGACAUCUAUUCUCAGGCCAAUCGGACGUUCUCAGAUAUAGCUUCAUUUCAAAACAUCGUCAACGAGUGGUUCAACCAGUCCACUCAGCUUCGUGCGAUCUUGAUGAAGAAUGACACUCAACACUACCUGMAAGCAAUGUCUGACUUCAUGAAAAAAUACCCAGAUUUCUUCUUAAGCACUGCAUCAGAUCUCUCAGGRAAGGACUCAACAGAGAGGCUAAGAUACUACCAAACCAUCCAUAAACUGUUAACAGGCAAGCAUGGUGCUGCUAGCCCUAUCAUACAGGAGCUGGAUAAAAUUGAUGGCGUAAUGAGAGCGUGGUCAUUGCAGGCCAAGAAACUUCAUCUUGAUAUUUUUGUUGGGUUUAAAGAUGAGCAGUCUCUUGUUGAUUAUACGUUUAAUGUGACRGGUGCAAGGCCUGCUGAUUCUAAAAUUGUAGCAGGAAUCAUCUUUGACAAUUUCAAAGSCAACACCAGUCUACCGCCCCAYGUGACRUAUAAAAUACGCAUGAAUGCUACAUACUUUACACCACCCACAGAUCGCAUCCGCGAUAACUAUUGGAGGCCUGGGCCCCAGUCUUGGGGACAAAGCUAUUAUGAUCUUGGGUUUCUAUGGUUACAGGAUCAAAUAGAACGUGCCAUUAUCAACUUGCACUCCAACCGUGAGGUGAUCAAACCAGGUGUCUACAUGCAUGAAAUGCCUUAUCCAUGUUAUUCUAAGGAUAGGUUCAUGUUUGUCAUUCAGCACAUGAUGCCAUUAUGUAUGACAGUAUCAUGGAUCUACACGGUGGCUAUUGUGGUUCGUUCUAUUGUCUAUGAGAAAGAGCAAAGACUAAAAGAAGUCAUGAAAAUGAUGGGAUUAAGUAACGUGGUGCACUGGGUUGCCUGGUUUAUUACUAGCAUGUCAGUCAUGUCWGUCACAGUGUUGUUUCUUACUAUCAUACUCAAGUAUGGCAAUAUCCUGGCGUACAGYGAUCCACUCAUCAUCUGGCUAUCUCUCAUGUUGUUCGCCAUCGUCACUAUCGUCUUCUGCUUCCUGAUCAGCGCAUUUUUCUCYAAGGCAAAGCUAGCAGCGGCGUGUGGUGGCAUUAUUUACUUUCUUACAUAUAUGCCAUACGUGUUUAUCUCUAUACGAGAAGGAGCUGCACAUGUYAAUAUUAAUAUACCAGAGAAAAUGGCAGCUAGUCUACUAUCUACGUCUGCAUUUGGYCUGGGUGCUCGUUACUUUGCACUGUAUGAAGAACAAGGAGAAGGUGUACAAUGGCAUAAUAUCGGUCUAAGCCCGGUAAAAGACGACGAAUUUACCCUACUAAAAGUCCUCUAUUUCCUGGUAUUUGAUACAUUCCUCUAUAUUAUACUGGUGUGGUAUAUCGAGGCUGUCCACCCAGGCUCMUAUGGCCUGCCUCGGCCAUGGUACUUUCCAAUYCAGCCUUCCUAUUGGUUUGGACAUAACACMAAAGCCUGCUCCAGGUUUAACAAAGGAAACUAUCGACCGACGGGGACUAGUGAUGACUAUGACGAGGCACCGUGUACGCCGGGAUUGUUGGCAUACGAGAACGAGCCCAUCCACCUACCCCUGGGGGUAACCAUUGACCAUUUGGAAAAGRUGUACAAGUCUGGUAUCAAAGCAGUGAAUGGUUUAGCACURAACCUGUAUGAAGGUCAAAUCACAUCGUUUCUUGGUCAYAAUGGAGCCGGGAAGACAACYACAAUGUCAAUCUUAACUGGACUCUUUCCRCCCACMUCSGGCACUGCCUUCAUCUAUGGGRAUGAUAUUCGMUUCGAUAUGGACAGGAUAAGACACAAUCUGGGCAUGUGCCCUCAACACAACGUCCUAUUCGAUAGRUUGACAGUCGAUGAACAUCUCUGGUUCUAUGCACAAAUGAAGGGCUUGUCUUCCAGAAAUGUCAAGAAAGAAAUGGACCAGCUUGUUACUGACUUGGGCUUGCCCAACAAGCGAAACUCUGCUGUGGAAACACUAAGCGGUGGUAUGAAGCGUAAACUGUCCGUAGCAAUGGCAUUUGUUGGUGGAUCACGUACCGUAAUCUUAGAUGAACCCACUGCAGGUGUGGACCCGUAUGCUAGACGAGCCAUCUGGGACCUACUCAUCAAGUACAAGAGAGGUCGCACCAUUCUUCUUUCAACACAUUUCAUGGAGGAAGCUGAUAUUCUCGGGGAUAGAAUCGCCAUUAUUUCCAGUGGUAAACUUCGCUGCGUCGGUUCUCCGCUCUUUCUGAAGAGUCGGUUUGGUGAAGGCUAUAGUUUGACUCUGGUUCGCAAGAAAGAUCGAUCACCCAGGGGAUCAAAUAGUGACCUGGAAUCUGUUGAUAUUCGUAGUCCUAACUCAUCUACUCUGUCGAUUGAAUCACACGCUCUUUCCCCAGUUAUCGAUGAUCAAGAGGAGCGGGUAACCAGUUUAAUCACAUCGCAYGUCCCUGGUGCUCAACUACAGAACAAAACGCAACAGGAAUUCACUUUUAUCCUUCCUGAUAACUGCGUCAAGAAGGGUUCCUUUGAAAAGCUUUUCUCUGAUCUUGAAGCAAAUAUUGAAUCUCUUGGAAUAGACAGUUAUGGAAUAUCAGACACGUCUCUUGAAGAGGUGUUUUUAAAGGUGACAGACAAAACAGAAAAGGAAAAUGAUGACAGCAYAACCAGUCARGAUUCUCUUAACGCUACCAUUGGAUCRAAUGGAGACCUUGAACUCAACGCUGUUUCAAACACAAGAAACCACGACAAUCAGCAACUUCURCCAKCGAUACGAUCGCGAAACCAGAAUGGAGAACAACGUAUUCCCAGUAAUGCACCUGGAGAUGUUGGUUCAUACACCCUAACGGGCUCAAGACUAAAGUGGCAGCAGUUUUAUGCUUUAAUACUGAAACGAUUCCAUCAUGCUCGGCGUAACUUCAAGGGRGUCAUAUCCCAAAUYCUUCUGCCUGCUAUAUUCAUCAGUAUUGCUAUGACAAUGGCGUUAUCUCUACCUCACAGACCAGAUCUACCAUCUCUACAACUCACACCUUCCAUGUUUCCACGUGAGAAUUACAUUCCSUUUGGAAACGAGGCUAAGGGUACAAACAGACUGGCUGAGAGGCUGGAGAGGACGCUGACAUUACCGUCUGGUGUYGGCGCGACAUGCUGCUUUSAGUCGACAAAAUUUCUCCCGGUKAACAACACUAAAAUAUCGAAAGAACAUUUGGCUCAUYUAUUCGAUAAAUCGUGUCGAGAAGCGGUUGAUGACGURUCGAGUGUGUACCUAAAGCCCAACAGCGCCAAGCUGAAGUACAUCUACACGAACGACUCWGCAGAUUCUUCUGAAUCWGUCACCCAUAAAGACACUGGGCGUGGUUGCAAGUGCUCCGCUAACGGCACRUGGUACAUAUGUCAAAAGGGUGCGGCAGGGUCACGCCCUAAGGAAUUAAGAACUAUUACUUUGGAUACUUUACAAAAUGUCACAGGUAGAAAUAUGUCCAAGUACCUGCUUUAUACGACACAGACCUUUAGAGAACACAGAUAUGGAGGUCUGUCGUUCGGUAACGUUGUCAAGUUUGUUCCAAAGAACUUUAACGAUAUUCCAUUCACCCCCGUCCGACGAUUGGCUGUCAGAGAAGUAGUUAAGUCAUGGUACAAUAACAAGGGGUACCACGCCCUUCCAACGUACUUGAAUGUCAUGAAUAACGCCAUCCUACGAGCAUCCAUUGGAAAGGACAAAGGGAACCCAUCAGCUUAUGGAAUUACUGCAUACAAUCAUCCCUUCCCAUUCAACAGUACAUCCAAUACUCACUUGUCAGCGGAAUAUCUGCGACAAGGGACAGACCUCGUGAUCGCCAUCUUUGUCAUCAUCGCCAUGUCGUUCGUUCCUGCUAGCUUUGUGGUAUUCAUUGUAAUGGAGCGUUCGUCUAAAGCUAAACAUCUUCAGUUCGUUAGCGGUGUGAAUCCAAUAGUCUAUUGGUUUUCGAACUACUUGUGGGACAUGCGCAUUUUUACUUUCCUUCCAGGAGAGUACGACAAGAUACAGUCCCCUUUYGAAUGGAUGCUCGUYAUGCGUAAUCUUGUGUUCAUGUUUCUCGAGGGAAUUGUGUUCUUUAUCUUCACCAUUCUUGUYGAAUACAGAUUUUUUAUCAAACCAAGACGACUUCCUGUCUCUAAAGUACCCAUCCAAAGUGAAGACGAGGAUGUUGCCUGUGAACGUGAAAGGGUAACUCGUGGAGAUGCUGUCAAUGACUUAGUGAGGAUUGAAAACCUUACAAAAGUGUAUCGUUCCCGUAAAAGAGGMAAGCAUUUAGCAGUGGAUAGACUCUGCUUGGGUAUACCUCAAGGCGAGUGUUUUGGUCUUCUUGGUGUCAAUGGAGCAGGAAAAACAAGCACAUUUAAGAUGCUGACGGGAGACAUGUCCAUGACAGCAGGAGAAGCGACAUUGAACACAUACAGUAUUUCGACGGAUAUCCACAAAGUAUAUACGUGUAUAGGGUAUUGUCCUCAGUUUGAUGCCYUGAUCGACGAAAUGACUGCAGAAGAACAAAUCUAUCUGUAUGCGAGACUAAGGGGCGUUCCUGAAAAGGAAGUCAAACGGGUGUGUUCGUGGGCCGUGAAGAAGCUGGGACUCACAUCGUAUGCUAAGUACCCUUGCAAGUCAUACAGUGGUGGUAAUAAGAGAAAACUCUCCACAGCCAUAGCACUGAUUGGUAAUCCACCCAUUAUCUUUCUGGACGAGCCCACUACAGGYAUGGACCCUCAUGCGAGACGAUUCUUAUGGAACCUCAUCCUUGGUAUCGUUAAAGACGGACGAUCAGUCGUGCUGACAUCACAUAGGUUCGGCGAGGGYUAUAUCGUUCAACUUCGCAUCCAAGGAGAUUUCCCCGAUAUGCAGCCGGUCAUGGAUUUCUUCAUCGAACACAUCCCACAAGCUGUUCUGAAGGAGUACCACCAUAACAUGCUUCAGUACCAGAUCCCCUCGGGUAUUGUCAGUUUAUCGAAACUGUUCGGACUGAUCGAGUCUUCCCAGGAUGCAUUGGGUAUCGAGGAUUACUCUGUCAGCCAGACGACUCUUGACAACGUUUUCGUCAACUUCGCGAGCCAACAGAAGGACGAGAGUGAGUUCGACGAAAAGGCACUUGGUUUACGYCAUCAGUCACGUGGUAUUGGGAGGUUACCAUCCAUGCUACUGGACGGUACAAUUCGAUUUAGUACUUUACAAGAUAAUGACGACAUAGCUAACUAUGAAGAAAGCUCUCGUCUUGUGUUUAGUGAUUCAGUGGAGACGUAACUGAUCCCGUGGAGCGUUGAAACUUCGUGGAGAUUUCUAACUGUGGAUUGCGCACAUGAAUCAACGCGAUGUCAAAGUAUUCCCUCCCCUCCCCCCUCAGUCAUUGGAUUUGACUUCCGUGAACAGUCGUGAAGUUCCAACUUCUAUAUUUAUUAGUCUAGUAACUUAUUAUUGGCAGAGAAAUUUUCAUUUGUACCGGCUACAAACUUCCAAAGAAUGAAAGAUAUUAAAUAAUAAUAAUUUUAGGCGUAAAAGUAAAGUGAAUCCAAAAUAAUUGAAUGAUAAUUGAUAUGAAUGAAAUAGAUUAAUGAUUUUAAUAAUUAAUGUCUAUGAACAGACAAAUUUAUAGGAUUUUAGGGGUGUUUAAUCGUUUAUUUUUAAGUAUAAAUAUUUAAUAGUAUUUAGGACGCGAGCAGCGGGACUGUAGUCACCUCUAGCGGGACAAGAGAAGGGAAAUUGCGYGACUAUUUAGGAAACUAGUCUGUCAUUGAAACUUUUAAAUUAUCAUAAAUUGACGGUAUUUUCUAGAUGUAUUUUGAUAAAAAGAAUUAUCUGAAGUAUUAUUACCACAUGAAAAUAGCUUGAAUAGAAUUAARAAAAUAAAAAAUAUAUGAAUAAAAAUA